GCUUUUACUUUGAUCCUGAUAGAAUUUUCUUUUCCUUUCUUAUGGCACAAUCAACUCUGCCUUCCUCUCUUAUUAAAUUACUAUGGAGCUUCUUCCCUUGUCCGCACGCAGUUUGCUGCAAGUGCUCCUCCGCCUCUGAACCCUCCAUCCACUCAACAGCAAUCCCUCCAUCCUCAGUGACGGUGGGUGGAGAUGAACUAGAGAGAGAGAGAGAGAGAGAGAGAGAGAGUUUCGAUCUUGUCAGGAGCUUGGCGAUCGGUGGUGCGUUGAGAUACCUCUGGUUCUGGAGUCCUUCGGUGGGCUCUGAUCUAGUUUAUCAAAUUAUCUCUUCCAAAGCCUUGUUUUGGUUUGAAUGCAUGAGAGAUUCGUCUUCUUUUGAUUCCUUUGGUAGGCACUGAUCUAGUUUCUCAAAUUCCUUUUUACCAAAGCGUUGUUUCGGUUUGAAUCCGAGGUAUUUGGCUGAUUGAUUUCGACUGAUCUGAGAGGAGAAAAGGAAAAAGGGGAUUUUGGUGCCGAUUUUUGUUAUUGUCUUCUCUAUUUUUUCUUUAUUAUUUUUGUAGUCGUUUUGCCCUCUUUUCAGUUUUCCAUCCUCAUCUUCACUCUCCUCCUUUUCGUUCUCACUUUAGUUUUCUUUAUGUUGAAUUAGGUUGGAGUCUUCUCAAAGUUGUCGUCUUUGGGUUGCUUCCGAUGGGAAUUUCAGAGAUUAGGACUUUGAAUGCUCAACUUUUCUUUACCUUCCUCUUACUGUCGCCAAAAGUAAAAGCUGGCUGAAUCUUAGCUUAGAUGGUUUCUUUUCCUCAUUCCCUCCACUGAUCUCGAAUUCUCGUCCUGAUCGUCUCAAAAUUUGGUUUUUGAAAGGAGUCUCGGAUCUUUAUUCUUCUGUGGCUUUUAGGGUUUGAUCUGAUUCAGAUAUCCCUCGAGGGCUGUUGGAUGGAAAGGCUUGGAUGAGCAGUAUAGAUGCAUCUCUCUCUAUGGAAGCCCAUCUCCCACUGCGCCGCCCUAAUACUCGACAAGAGGAAUCGGUGGCGGGAUGGUGGCGGCAAGGGCUUGUCGGAGGAGAGGUGCGAGCGGCGAUCGUCGAUACUCCGGCACAUUCAGGGGAACAAGCUCCGGGAGGCUCUCGAGGAGGCCUCCGAAGAUGGCUCCCUCUUCAAGUCCCUGGACAUGGAGAUGGACCCGGAGAACGCAGGCAACACCGACGAAGGCUCCAUUAACCGGUCGAGAUCCGUCGCUCGCCUCAACGCCCAGCGGGAGUUCCUCCAGGCCACUGCUCUCGCCGCCCAGCGCACUUUCCACUCUGCCGAUUCCAUUCCCUCCCUGGAUGAGGCCUUGUCGAAGUUCCUCAGCACGUACCCCAAGUAUCAGUCCUCCAACAAAAUCGAUGAGCUGAGACUCGAUGAGUAUUGCCACCUGUCGGACGCCUCUGCCAAGGUAUGCCUCGACUAUUGCGGCUUUGGUUUGUUCUCCUACAUCCAGAGCUUCCAAAGCUGGGAAUCUUCGGCAUUUAGUCUCUCUGAGAUUACUGCUAACUUGAUCAACCAUGCUUUGUACGGCGGCGGUGAGAAAGGGACUGUCGAGCAUGACAUCAAAACUCGUGUCAUGGACUACCUCAACAUUCCCGAGAAUGAGUAUAGUCUAGUUUUCACUUUCAGUAGAGGCUCCGCUUUCAAAUUGCUCUCUGAAACUUAUCCUUUUCAUACCAAUAAGCUGUUGACAAUGUUUGAUCAUGAGAGCCAGUCUGUUAAUUGGAUGACCCAGAGUGCCAAGGAGAAGGGAGCCAAGGUCUAUAGUGCAACAUUUAAGUGGCCAACUCUCAAGCUCUGCUCAACGGAGUUGAGGAAGCAAAUCUUAGGCAAGAGGAGGAGGAGGAGGAGGAAGAAGGACACGGCUGUAGGUCUUUUCGUCUUCCCAGUUCAGUCUAGAGUGACCGGAGCAAAGUACUCAUACCAGUGGAUGGCUUUGGCUCAGCAGAAUAAUUGGCAUGUGUUGCUUGAUGCUGGAUCUUUGGGUCCAAAGGACAUGGAUUCUCUUGGCCUUUCACUCUUCCGACCGGAUUUCAUCAUCACUUCAUUUUACCGGGUGUUUGGAUAUGAUCCAACAGGUUUUGGAUGCCUCCUAAUCAAGAAAUCUGUGAUGGGAAGCCUGCAGAGCCAGAAUGGUGGCACUGGAUCAGGAAUAGUGAGGAUUGUUCCUGUGUUUCCUCAGUAUUUAAGUGACUCAGGGGAUGGUCUUGAUGUAUUGGAUGGGCUUGAUGCUGAAAACAUCAACGGAAAUGAUGAAUCUUCCACGUCAAAGACUCACAAAGGAUCCCAGCCACCUGCCUUUUCAGGUGCAUUUACAUCAGCUCAAGUAAGAGAUGUAUUUGACACUGAGAUGGAUCAGAACAACAACUCGGAUCAUGAUGGAGCCAGCACUAUCUUUGAUGAUACAGACAGCAUUUCUGUUGGGGAGGUCAUGAAGAGCCCCGUUUUUAGUGAGGAUGAAUCAUCGGACAACUCCUUUUGGAUUGAUUUGGGUCAGAGCCCAUAUGGAUCAGACCAUUCAAUGCAGUUGAACAAAGGGAAGUUUGGUUCACCAAUACCACCUUCAUGGCUUACUGGAAAGAAGAAUCAUAAGGUGUCACUCAAGGAGGCUUCCAGGAUGUUGGAAAACCCUCUUUUUAAUGAUCAUGCUCUAUCCUUUGAUGCAGCUGUCCUCUCAGUUUCUCAGGAACAAGGUCGUUUAAAGCAGAGCUCACACGAGGGGCUGUCUCAAAAUAGAGAGGAUCAUUCUCACUUGCAGAAAGUGACAGAGAUAGAGGAAGAACCUAGAGUAAAGGAAGCAACGCAAAAACAGUCUGUUAAGUUUUCUUCUCCCAGCGGAAGGAGAAUCAUUGGCUCAACUUCUGGUUUAUCACCUUCCACUGGUCGUGAGAAUGGUUCAGCGUCAGAAAUAUACCCUGAAGUUCAGAAUGAAUUGAAAGAGAGUGCCAUAAGAAGGGAAACAGAAGGUGAGUUUCGGCUUUUAGGAAGGAGAGAAGGAAAUAAUAACAAGUUUUCAGGUGGAAAAUUCUUAGGAGUGCAAGAGAAUGAAAGAGUUCCCAGCAUGGAUAGGAGGGUAUCCUUCAGCAUAGAGGAUAACAAAACUAAUGAAUUUUCCUAUCACAAUUCUGAUGUCGGAGAGAGUUCUCAACAAAGAUUUGAUGAUGAAGAGGACCAUGGUGAUGGUGCCACGGAUGACGAUUCUCAAGAAUGGGGAAGAUUAGAACCUGAAAUUGUUUGUCGACAUUUAGAUCAUGUGAACAUGAUGGGUCUCAAUAAGACAACUCUGAAACUAAGAUAUCUCAUCAACUGGCUAGUGACGUCUUUACUUCAGUUGAGGUUACCAGGUUCAGCCGGGGGCAGUGAUUUGCCUCUGAUCCAGAUUUAUGGUCCAAAGAUCAAAUAUGAAAGGGGUGCAGCUGUGGCCUUCAAUGUAAAGGAUGGUAAUGGGGCAGUGAUCAAACCAGAAAUUGUUCAAAAGCUUGCUGAGAACAAUGGUAUUUCCUUGGGCACUGGCUUCCUUACUCAUAUAGGCCUCAUGGACGAUCAUAAAUUUUUACCAGGAGAAGUUCUCUCCGAUACCUCCUUACAGCAUUCUGCAAGCAAUCAACAAGCUAGGAAGAAAAACAGUAAGAAUGGCGUGAUUAGAGUGGAGGUUCUUACCGCUUCACUUGGUUUCCUCACCAACUUUGAGGAUGUGUACAGACUGUGGGCAUUUGUAGCCAAGUUUCUGAAUCCUGCAUUUUCUCAAACUGAUAGAUUGACAACCAUCGCAGAGGCUUCAGAAAUAUAAAUAGACAUGGUUUGUGGAUGUUCUCCUGAUCGGCGUGGAACCAUCAUGUUGCACCUCCAGUGUAAUUCAAACACCGGGCAACCUGAAGCAAUUGCAAGCAUUUUUAAGUCAUGAAUUGGAUGAAACUUAACCCUUUUGUGUUUAUGAUAUGUACAAUAGUUUCCUUCCUUCUUUGGAUGAACAAAAUAUGCAGUGCUUGGGGCGAAUUUGAUUUAUUAUGUAUGUACCUUUUUCUAGGUGCCCAUAUUUUUAUUUGAUGUAGAGUUUGCCAGAGAAAUAUCACAGGGCUGUUCCAAAUGCAGUGUUUGUCUUAAUUGUUGGCCAUUUUAAAGAGUUUCCUGUGGUUAUAUUCUCUUUUA